CUUUUCAUCUUCACAUCACCCUCUUAACUUCUUCUCUUUAUAUAUACAACUGCACACAUACAAAUAUACAUUGAUUGAUUUAUUGGUAUAUAGCUGUUUUCUUUCCCUAAGUUUUAGUAUUUCUUAUAUAUAUUUGUAUCACAAAACAACCCUUUCCAAAAAGAAUUCACUGAAUUUGGAAAAACAAAAAAAAGAAUGGAGUUUUAUCCAUAUCCAACUCGUGCUUUUCCUUCUUCAACCAUUGUAUCUUCAUUUUCUAUGAGGGAUUUGAUUGAUAGAGCCAAAUAUUUCUUCAGAUUUGCUGUUUCUACAAUUAUUGGCAAUGUUUUCUCUGCAAUAUUUACCUUUUUCUUUGCAUUAGUGGGCACCCUGUUAGGAGCAAUGACAGGAGCUUUGAUAGGUCAAGAGACGGAAAGUGGAUUCAUUAGAGGUGCUGCAGUCGGAGCCAUUUCUGGUGCCGUUUUCUCUCUUGAGGUCUUUGAGUCAUCUCUGUUACUAUGGCAAUCCGAUGAAUCUGGAAUUGGAUGUCUUCUUUACUUGAUUGAUGUAAUAGCCAGCCUGUUAAGUGGUAGACUAGUUCGUGAGCGGAUUGGUCCAGCGAUGCUUAGUGCAGUACAAAGUCAGAUGGGAGCCGUUGAAACUACGUAUGAAGAGGUGCCUAACAUUUUCGAUACAGGUGGGGCAAAAGGUUUGCCUGGAGAUUUUGUGGAGAAAAUCCCCAAAGUUGUAAUUAGCAAUGACAACAAUGUGGAUGAUACAGGGGAGAGAGUCUCGUGUUCGGUUUGCCUACAGGACUUUCAACUAGGGGAAACUGUUAGAUGUUUGCCACAAUGUCAUCACAUGUUUCACCUACCGUGCAUCGAUACAUGGUUGCUGAGACAUGGCUCUUGUCCAUUGUGCAGAAGGGAUCUAUAGGUGGUUGUACUCGGUAAAUAAUUAUAAAGGUUAUUUAAUUUCGUCAUACUUGCUGGUUAUGGUUUCCCUCUCUGUCUGUCAUCACAUACAAUAGAUCCUGGAAACCUAUGUAAUUAAUGGCAAAUAUGCACUUUCGAGUAUGGUUAUUGUAGUUGAUUACCAUCUUGUAGAAAGAAUUUUGAGCUGCUAUAGCGCUCACUACUACUACUAAGUAGUAUUUUUGUAUGAGUGUGUUCGUGCACACGUCACUAAGAAUAGAUUUACUCUAACCUAAUUACUUAAAGAACAUACGAGUUUUCUGCUGAA